UUCUAGCUGCUUUAUCCUCAAGUGGACAUGGAUACUGCUCGGCAGUUGUGUCACAGAGCAUCUCUGAGCUAGGAAAGCAAGGGGAGAUACCCAGAACUCUUGUGAUUGACAGCAAUCACAGGUAGAUGAGACCAGAGGUCAGAGACUUGCAGUGAGAAGCCAUGAGGUUUGUGGGAGCACACAUUAAGUUGGUCAAACGCCAAGGAAGUCUGAGCAUGGAGGAAAAACCUAAACCAAGUGCUGGAACAUUCCCAGAGCAGAGACUGAGAGUCCAUGGACAUGGGGUGACAUAAUGGGGAUGAAAUCUGUUGGUCGGUCUGGGAAGCUGCUUGCUUCAGGUCAUUUUAGGAGUGGGAAAUGGCCCUCGCUACCUACCUAUGUUCAGUAAAUAGAGACUGCAAAUUUUGAGGAUUGUUCUAACAACCCAGAGCCCUUCAGACCACUUGUACAAGCCCUCAAAGGAAAGGGCAAGUAAGGCCCAAGUCAAGGUACUGGAGCCUUUGGCUGGUUUUUGGAGCCUGUAUAUGGGGAUUGUGUUAGACUAUAGCCUACAAACACAAACCCUAGAGGACCCUAUCCCUCUUGGGUACGUGUGGACAAAUACUUGCCAGGUACUUCUGGGCUUCAGGGAGGCAACAGUUCCAGGAUAGGCCUGGUUAGACUUAUGUCAGUUGUCUGGACAUGGGUGACCUGGCUGCCUCUAUGGUUGCCGGGUAGCUUGGAAGGUGAGAGGAGAGGAGAGCAGGUGGUGGUAUCUUGGACUGGCCCUGAGCUUGUGGCUUGGGUAGGUGGCCAUUCCUGGGCCAUGCUCUCCAGAGACUCCACAUCCUUGGGGCAGGCGAUAGGUUUCCUCUGCCUUCCAUCUUCCUGGCCUUGGCCAAGAGAUGUCCAGUGGGGAAGCAUGGAGCCCCCUGCAUGAGUAGUGGCCCCCAGAGGGUCUUGUCCACUGGUAGCACUAAAGGGCAGGGGGUGGUGCUGAUGCUGAUACUGAUGCAUGGUCUCCCACCAAGUGUCCUUAGUGGAGUUGGUGCUUAGCUGAAAUUGGUCUUGGCCUCUGGCUAGCUGUGGGGAGUGUGGGCAGCUCCAGUCAAGUCAGGCUUUGCUCCAGACUUUCUGCCCAAAACACCAGCCAGACCAGAGGGCACUUUGGGUCAGCCCUACUGAUAAUAUUCUGAGUGUCCACUAACCCACUUCACAGUCAACACACUUGAUUACUUGUGUUGUCACUCAUGUCUUCAGGUCCCCUACUGUCAGGCUGUGGUCCAGGAGAAAAAUGAGCAGACUCCAGGGCACUCUGCUCUGGUUUGGUUUACAUGGGUUAUGGCAUGGAUCCCAGAGCUUGGGAAUGGGGUGUACACAUGCCAUUGCUAGGAACAGGGUCAGCGGGACCAUUGUGCUGGUUUAAAGACUUCCAGGGCAUCACCGGGCUGUGAGAAGUAGAAGAUACAGGGUAGUCCACCUGAGGAUCACAGUGCAACGGAGUGCUGAGGUGCCACUGAACGCACCACAGUGUUCCAGGGUGCCUGCAAGCUGUGGCCACACAUGCAUAUACCCAGAGAUGACCUAAAUGAGUGCCUUCAUCUGACCACAGUGAAAGUCUGCAGAGACUGAGCCUACAUGCCAGGUUGUGGGAUUUGUUUGGGCCCUUAGGAACAGGGAAGGUCCCAGGGUUAGAGCAUGGCAUUGAAAAGGAAGGCUGUGCCCCACUUGCCUGGAUUACGUAUGUGUCAUUGGCCAGGUUUGCCCAAGGCCGUAUGUAGCUCAGGUUGUCUCCAGGCAAGGGUGGUGUUAUGUGAGAGGCUACCAAGAAUAAUUGGCAGCCAUAACCAACCUACAGGUGAGGUGGCUCAGCUCACAGCAGAAUACCUAUGGAGGAGGUGCCUAGCAAUUUCUGUUCCCACAGACAUGAAUAACCUCUGACCAAGUGGAAUAUAAGUCAUCCAGCUUCAAGGAGCAUAUCCUAGGAUGAGUCCCUGUCCAUCCUGUGGGCAGCUCAGUAGGGAGACCCACAGGGUUUUGUGAGACAGGAAAGGCUGACAGUUCUACAGCUUUCUGAUCUUGCUGGGCUCUGGGGCUAAGCUAGGGCUUAGGGUGGGUGGGAGGCAGGACUUUGAUCAGGCUAGGAUAUAUGGUGGGUUGGAGCCAAUGUGUAGUUGAAAACAAAUCCCAGGCUGCGCUAGUCCCAUUGGGACCCUCACAAGCCAUACCUUCAGAUGGGAGCAGGGGCCGCUUUAUCCUAGGCCUAGGCUACUGGGCCAGCUUGCCAAGAGCUUUGCCGAGGUCAGAGCUUGCCUAACCCAUUCAUUCUGGAGUGACUUAGGUAGGCAAACAGUGCAAGGGCAUCCUAGGAGGAAGUAGUGUAGGCAUGGGCCUGCUAGUAAGCACCUGCUGGGUUCUAGGGUAAACAGGAAGGAAGGGAAUAGAAGUCAUGAGCCCUAGUGGUUGGUAGAAUCUAUGUGGUUCUUCCCCCCAAAUAGGCUGGCAGAGAUUCCAAUUGCCCAGCACUUAUCAACUCGACACCCAGGACCACACAUACUGGCCUUUGUUCUCAAGAAGCCUGUGGGACAGGCUUUUGCUGUUCCCUGCUGCCCCUAGUGGGAUUUCCAUUGUGGCACGCAAUGGGGUCCUUUGUGCUGGGACCACCAUCUCAUUCUUGGAAACAUGCCCUAGGCGGCAGCAGAUAGAAGGGAGGGACUUAAGGGCGGGCCAAGUGAUGUCAGGGAAGGGGCCGUUCAUAAGCCCCAGCCUUCCAGUGGGCACAUCUGGAUCAGGAGGGCCAAGAGGAGUCAUUGAGUGGGUAGCACUAUCUCUGAGCAGGAGGUGAGUGACUCAUCUAUGACUCUUGGCUGGGUGGGUGAGGGGACCACGGGAGAAUCCACUCAGGGCUAUGCUGGAGGAUGACUUUGACCUUCAGAAAGAUUGGGCUAGCUCACAAGCAGAGGGACCAAGUGCUGCCUGGACACCUGAGCAGGUCCUCGGGGUCCUGUGAGGGUCUCAGACGACACUCAGAACUGCUGGUGUCAUCGGCUGUGACCAGCCUGGCCAUGAGUAGUAAAGGGUCUGGCUUCAGAAUGAGUCCAGACCGUCAGGGCCAUCUAUGUGGCACCUUGUAGACAAAUGGGACAGGGAUUCAUAGCUCUGAGGCCUUAGUUUAAAUUCCCUGGGUGGAUGUAUGCCUACUCUAGGAUAGUGGUUCUCAACCUUCCUAAUGCUGUGACCCUUUAGUACAGUUCCUCAUGUUUUGUGGUGACCCCCAACCAUAAAAUUAUUUUCAUUGCUACUUUGUGACUAACUUGGCUACUGUUAUGAAUUGUAAUGUAAGUAUGUAAUGUUUUUCCAAUGAUCUCAGGCCAUCCCUGUGGACUGGCUGUUCAAACCCUCAGGGGUCAUGACCUGGUUGAGAACUACGGCUCUAGUGUAUACAUCAACCUGCAGCCUUCCUGUAGAUCUGGGUCCUGCUCAGGGGUAACUGGACUCCUUGCAGAAGGUGCCCUUGAGUACAUAGGGAAGUUGUGUAGGUCCUUUGUUCAGUGGGGUGGGGGAUCUGGUCACCUCAGGCUCACACAUUCCAGACUGGGUCAUGUUUGUGCCCCUCCUCCAAAGUGCCAGCUCUGGGCAGUGGACUAGGCCUCUCUACCCCAUUGGCCUCUUCCAAACAUUGUCUCCCAGGUUCCCCAAUACUUUUCAACCCUACCCAGUGUCCCCCAAUGUGCCUGCCUGCUUCUGCUCUAAUCAGAAUUUGGUCUCAAGUGUCUCCUUUGCUUGAGGGCAAGCCACCCAAUGUGAAGACCUUGAUGGUAUGAUUCUAACCAAGCCAAUCCCAGAAACCAUGUGGGGCUGCUAGGGCCUCAAGGUAUUGCCACUCUUGGUGACCCCCUCUGUGUGCAUCUGUUGUGGACGUGAACACCAGAAGGGGCAUGGACAAGCAUGCUGGACUGGGCCCUACUCAGGGAGGAUUGGCUCCCAGCAGAGGGUGCUUUGGAGUACACAGGAGGUUGUGCAUCUAAGGGUCCUUUGUUCAGUGGGACUUCCCAGUAUGACUUCAGUGCUGGUCUUAGAUCCUCAUUGUCACCAUCCCAAUAAUGACAAGUCGUAGGCCUCUGGGCACCACACAUGUAGAGACAUCCUGCUGGCCCAUGGGAAUGGAUGGAGAAACUAGCUUUCUGGUCAUGGAGGGGACAGACGGAUGAAUGAGUGGUGAAGGGCUGUGGCCUCUCCUCCCACAGGCUGCUCGCCAUGAGCCCCCGAGGCUCCUACCUCCACUUCUGCCUCUGGAUGUUGAGUGCCACCUUGGCACUGGGGCAGGGACAAGUAAGUGGCCGUCUGAGGUUGGCAGUACUGCCUGAGGACCAGCUGCAGAUGAAGUGGAGGGAAGCAGAGGGAAGCAGUCUUGGCUACUUGGUGCAGGUGACACCUAUGGCAGGGGACUUGGAGCAGGAGCUGAUAUUAACCACCAAGACACCCAAGGCUACUGUGGGUGGCCUGAGCCCUUCCAAGGGCUACACCUUGCAGAUUUUUGAGCUGACUGACUCUGGGCCUGUCCUGCUGGCACGAAGGGAGUUUGUGAUUGAGGAUCUGAAGAGCCACUCUCUGAGCAGAGGCAGCCGCAGGCUGGUGGGACCCACCUUGGAUCCAACCUCCUUCCUUCUGGGGGCCUCAGACCCUGAGAAAACACUUGAGCCCAGUAUUGCCUUCACCUCAAGCAAAGACCGGCCUAUUCUUGGUGAUCCCCAAUUCCACUGCACACCCCCAACUCCUACUGAUAUAAUCUUCCUGGUGGACGGGUCCUGGAGCAUAGGCCACAGACACUUCCAGAAGGUCAAAGACUUCCUGGCCAGUAUCAUCACACCUUUUGAAAUAGGACCAGAUAAAGUCCAAGUAGGUCUGACUCAGUACAGUGGAGACCCCCGGACCGAGUGGGACCUGAACUCCUUCCACACCAAGGAGCAGGUGCUGGCAGCAGUGCACAGCCUCCACUACAGGGGAGGAAACACAUUCACAGGCCUUGCCCUAACCCAUGUACUGGGGCAGAACCUGAAGCCAGCAGCAGGUGCCCGUCCAGAGGCAGCCAAGGUGUUGAUUCUAGUGACGGAUGGCAAGUCCCAGGAUGAUGUGCGCACAGCUGCCCGAAUUCUUAAGGACCAGGACAUUGAUGUCUUUGUUGUGGGUGUGAAGAAUGCUGAUGAGGCUGAACUGAAGCUCCUGGCAUCCCAGCCACUGGACAUCACUGUCCACAGUGUGCUGGACUUCCCUCAGCUGGCCACCUUAGCUGCUCUGCUCAGCCGCCUCAUUUGCCAAAAAAUCCAGGGCAGGGGCCCAGGUAAGGAUACACAACCACAUUGGCCAAGGGGCAGGUUGGCUGAAGCUACACCUGGACAGUUUUUACGGCCCAUGAGGGUCUGCAGACUAAGCCAGGUUGUUAUCUGUCCUUGGAUCUGUACAUGGCCACCAGGGGGAGCUAGAUGUUCUUGCUUGCUUUCUUGCUUUCUUGCUUUCUUGCUUGCUCCCAGACUGCCUUUCCCCACAGUCAAACCAGCAGCAACUACUCUGGCCCUGGACCCCCUCCCCAUGCCCACCAGACUGGACCUGACCCACAUCACCUCAUCCAGUGUCCACCUGUCUUGGACUCCGGCCUUAUACCCACCCCUCAAAUAUCUAAUUGUGUGGCAGCCUUCUAGGGGUGGUGCCCCCAAGGAGGUGGUGGUGGAGGGGCCUGUCUCAUCCAUGGAGCUUCGAAAUCUGACCUCCAACACAGAAUACUUGGUCUCUGUGCUUCCUGUCUAUGAGAAUGGGUUUGGCAAGAGCCUGCAAGGCCUGGCAACCACAGCACCCCUGCCUCCACCUGGAGCACUGACCCUGGCUUCAGUGACACCCAGAACCCUCCGCCUCACCUGGCAGCCCUCUGCUGGGGCCACUCAGUACCUGGUGCGUUACUUGCUGGCUGCCUCCCCUGGGGAGGAGCAGAGGAGAGAGGUACACGUGGGACAGCCUGAGGCACUGCUGGAUGGCCUGGAGCCAGGCCGGGACUAUGAGGUUUCAGUGCAGAGCCUUCGGGGACCAGAGGUCAGCGAGGUCCGGAGCAUCAAUGCCAGGACCACUGCCCUGGGGCCCCCAAGACACCUGAGUUUCUCAGAUGUGAGCUACAACUCAGCCUGUGUGUCCUGGGAAGCCCAGAGGCCUGUGCGCCUGGUCAAGGUCAGCUAUGUCUCUAGUGACGGCAGCCACUCUGGGCAGGCUCAGGUUCCUGGGAAUACUACCUCAGCCACCCUAGGCCCUCUUUCUUCCUCUACCAAGUACACCGUCCGAGUCACUUGUUUUUACUUCGGGGGUGGCUCCUCCAUGCUGACUGGCCAUGUGACCACAAAGAAAGCACCCAGCCCUAGCCAGCUGUCUGUGACGGAGCUCCCGGGAGAUGCAGUCAAGCUGUCAUGGGUGGCCGCUGCCUUGUCUGGUGUACUUGUUUAUCAGAUCAAGUGGAUGCCCUUGGGAGAGGGCAAGGCCCAUGAGAUCUCUGUCCCAGGAACCCUUGACACAGCCGUCUUACCUGGCCUGAUGAGUCAUGUGGAAUAUGAGAUCACCAUCCUUGCCUACUACAGGGACGGCACUCGCAGCGACCCUGUGUCCCUCCGCUACAUCCCCUCUUCAGCAAGCAGGAGCCCCCCCUCCAAUCUGGUCUUGUCCUCGGAGACCCCCAACAGCCUGCAGGUCAGCUGGACACCACCAAGUGGCCAUGUCCUACAUUACCGGGUCAACUAUGCACUGGCCUCAGGCUCUGGACCAGAGAAGUGGAUCUCUGUGCCAGGCACCAGGAGCCAUGUUGUACUUCCUGACCUGCUGUCUGCCACCAAGUACAGGGUCCUGGUUUCAGCUGUCUAUGGAGCAGGGGAGAGUGUCGCAGUGACUGCCACAUACCGCACAGCAGCCUGCCCAGCCCUGCACCCGGACAGUUCCCUCUCAGGGUUUGACCUGAUGGUGGCCUUUGGUCUUGUGGCAAAGGAGUAUGCCUCUAUUCGAGGUGUGGCUAUGGAGCCCUCAGCCUUGGGUGCGGCCCCCACCUUCACGCUCUUCAAGGAUGCUCAACUGAUGCGCCGAGCCAGUGAUAUCUACCCGGCAGCCCUGCCACCAGAACACACCAUUGUCUUCCUUGUGCGCCUACUCCCUGAGACACCCCGAGAAGCCUUUGCGUUGUGGCAGAUGAUGGCUGAGGACUUCCAGCCCAUUGUUGGGGUUCUGCUGGAUGCUGGCAGGAAGUCUCUGACUUACUUCAACCAUGAUCCCAGGGCAGCCUUGCAGGAGGUCACCUUUGACCUGCAGGAUGCAAAGAAGAUUUUCUUCGGAAGCUUCCACAAGGUACAUGUGGCUGUGGGCCACUCCAAGGUCAGACUUUAUGUGGACUGUCGGAAGGUAGCUGAGCGGCCUAUUGGGGAUGCUGGCAGCCCACCCACAGCUGGGUUCAUCACACUAGGGAGGCUAGCCAAGGUCAGGGGGCCACGGAGUAGCUCAGCCACGUUCCAGCUCCAAAUGUUGCAAAUUGUGUGCAGUGACAGCUGGGCAGACAAGGACAGGUGCUGCGAACUUCCUGCAUUGAGGGAUGGAGAAACAUGUCCAGCCUUCCCUUCCACCUGUGUCUGUUCAUCUGAGACCCCUGGGCCACCAGGGCCCCAAGGCCCUCCGGGCCUCCCUGGAAGGAAUGGCACUCCAGGACAGCAGGGACACCCGGGGCCCAAGGGAGAACCAGGACCACCCGGACAGACAGGACCUGAAGGGCCUGGAGGACAGCAGGGGUCACCAGGGACCCAGGGCCGCACAGUUCAGGGACCCAUGGGUCCCCCAGGAGUCAAAGGGGAGAAGGGAGACCACGGACUUCCUGGCUUGCAGGGCCUCUCUGGCCAGCAAGGCAUCCCCGGGAAAACUGGCCUACAGGGACCAAAGGGAAUGAGGGGACUGGAGGGACCUGCUGGCUUGCCUGGACCACCUGGCCCCAGGGGGUUCCAGGGUUUGGCAGGGGCCAGAGGCAGCAAUGGGGAGCGAGGACCCCCAGGGGCUGUGGGGCCCACGGGUCUCCCAGGGUCCAAAGGUGAACGAGGAGAGAAGGGAGAGCCACAGUCCCUUGCCACCAUCUUCCAGCUGGUGAGCCAGGCCUGCGAGUCAGCCAUACAGACACACGUGCUGAGGCUGAAUUCCUUCCUCCAUGAGAAUGCCCGGCCCCCAAUGCCCUUCAUGGUGGAGACAGCAAAGCCAAGCAGACCCGUAUCUAUAGAGCCUCCUGGGUCACAUAAUGAGGCUCUACUUCCUGGAGACGGGGGACAUGUCCACCAUCCUGAGGACCAAGGUGAGCCUGAAGCUAUCAGCCACAUAAGCAGCCCUGGACUACAGGAGAGCCAGACCCCAGAACCCCUGGAGUGAACAGGUCCUCCCUUCUGCUACUUUAAAUCACCCUGUACUGCCCCAACACCAUCAUCCAUAUUUCUUGUCUCAAUGCUAAGAACAACGGUGUCCUGGAGGGAUGGAGAGGGAAACCAAAGGAAGAACCCAAAUCAGCAGGAGUUGGA